AUGAAGGUAGUAGACCACUCAGUAUAUCCUCAGCCACCCAUGAGAUCAACACAGAUACUUCACCCACUUGACGACAAUGCUUCUGAAACUGUCAUAAGAGGCAGAAAAGGGUUGUGGAAAAAUAUUAAGAAUAAACUAAAUGAUUUAAAAGAGGGAGAAGAUGUAACAUUUGAGCAACUUCUGAAAGAACUAGAUGUUUCAGAAUAUCAAUAUAUUCUUGCUAUUCGAUCAUCACUAAAUUGUCCAACAAUAUUUCUAAAAAGAAGCCCCAAUGAGUUAAGAAUUAAUAAUUAUAACCCUGCUUACCUCCAGGCAUGGAGAGCUAACAUGGACAUUCAAUUUGUGCUGGAUGUAUAUGCCUGUGCCAUGUACAUUGUUUCCUAUAUUUCUAAAGCUGAAAAAGGAAUGAGUGAUUUGUUACGUAACGCAUGUGCUGAAGCUAAGGAAGGUAAUUCCACCAUCAAACAACAGGUCCGUGACAUUGGCAACAAGUUUUUAAACUCGGUUGAAAUAAGUGCACAAGAAGCAGUGUACAUCAUUCUGCAACUUCCCAUGAGAAAAUCUUCUCGAAAUGUUGUAUUCAUUAACAAAUCUCCUCCAAGUGAUCGUGUUGAACUAUUGAAACCUCUCAGUGAGAUUGAGAAGAUGUCAGACGAAUCUGAAGAAAUUCACUCUGGUAGACUUCUGAAACGAUAUGUAGAACGACCAGACAGUUUGAAAAAUAUUACUUUAGCUGAUUGCAGGGCAGCUUGGUACGAGAGAAAUCUGUUAAAAAAUCAGAUAUAUAUUGACAACCUUCCUUUGGAAGAUCAAGAUGAAAAUAACGAUGAUGACCUAGGUGUUCAAAACACUGAAAGUUGUGUUUCAUCUAAAAAGUCGAUCAAAAAAAGAUCGCAAACAAGAAUUAUCCGCAGUGUUUGGUUUAACAAAAAAUCUCAACCAGAAAAACAUCGUGAGUUAAUCAUGGUUUUUACUCCAUGGCGAAAUCAACAGGCCGAUUUAAUUGGAAAUUACUCUUCCUUUGAAGAACAUUACGAAGCUCGAAAAAUGGCUCUUCAUCCAUACAUUUAA